AUGGACACUAAGACAAUUUUUAUGACAUUUUUCAUAAUCAACACUUUAGUGUCAUGUGCGUAUCCAUGUUUGGGCCAAGAAGAUGUUGACGAUAAACCACUAGUCAAUUCCGGUGAGUUUGAUACAUUGGAUGCAUUAUCGCCGGCUUCGCAGGAGUACAAUAUUUAUAUGUUAGAGAACCUCCCACCAAAAUACAAAACGUAUCUCGGAACCUGCGCUGAUAAGAUGGGGCCCAGUGGUAUUUCGGAAUGUAAUGAAGAUGUUCUUAGAGAGAUUCUUACGAACAAACCUGUUUCAAGAGAGUGUUGUUUGAUGGUAGUAAGAGCUGGAAAAGAAUGCUACAUGGAGAUUAGAAAGUUCAUGUUUCGAUUGUAUCAACUCAAACGCUUUGCUUCUCAAGUUUUUUUCAAAACUAAUGAGGUUUGGAACAGAUGUUCUGCUGAAGUUGAAAGUCCUUCAUCUUCUCACGACCACGCGAUUUAG